AUGACGGGCCCACACGGCCAGGCGCAAGAAAUUAUGGACCUGGACGGCAUGCCGAGUCUAGGACUGGACGACGUCGACCUGGAGAUGCUGGCGGCGGGGCCUGCCGAAGUACAGUACAAUGAGAUUAUGGAGAAGCAUGUGCUGCAGUACUUUGGGUUCUACGGCACCACAGCCGACACCACGCAGGGCUCCGCCGCCGUGCGCAGCGUCGCAGGCAGCGGCGGCGGCAGCGGCGGCGGCAGCGGCGGUGGCAGCGGCGGCGGCAGCGCGCCCGCAAGCCGCGGCGGCAGCGGCAGCGGUGCGCAGGCGUUGCUGGGUGGCGCCAGCAUCAAUGCCCAGAUGCUGCUGGGCAGCGGCAGCGGCAUCGGCAGCUCGCUGCUGCUGGGCGGCACCAGCGGCGUGGGCGGCCAGCUGCUGCUGGGCGGGCCCGGCGGCGCCGCGCCCGCCGUCGGCUCCGCCGCGCAGCACGUGGAGAUGCUGCUGGCGGGCACCCACCCCAGCAUGCGCGGCGGCAGCCUGGCCGACUGGCUGGCGGCAGACGGGCCCAUCAUCUCCAUGACACAGAGCGGCCUGCCGGACAGGCAAGGCGGUGCGCCGGCGCACGGCCAGGUGAUCGACGUGCAGCUGGUGGGGCACGGCGCGGCACACGGCGGCAGCAUGCCCCCGCCGCCGCCCGUGGUGCCCGGCGGGCAGGCGUCGGUGCAGGCGCAGCUGCACGCGCAGCUGCAGGCCCACCAGGCGCAGCAGGCGCAGCAGGCGCAGCAGGCGCAGCUGCAGCUGCAGUUCCAGCAGGCGGCGGCCAUGCAGCAGCCGGGCCCGCUGCAGCAGCAGCUGCAGUUCCAGCAGCAGCAGCAGCCGCAGCAGGCGCCCAUGGUGCUGCAGCUGCCGGGCGGCAUGCCCAUGCUGCACCCCGCCUUUUACAGCCCCAGUGGGGUGCCGCAGGGCACGCAGGGGGGCGGCGGCGGCGCGUGGAUGCAGGCACAGCAGGCGCAGCAGCAGGCACAGCAGCAGCAGGCGCAGCAGGCGCAGCAGCUCAACAUGGCCUUCUACCAGCAGCAGGCGGCGCACAUGCAGGGGCAGUACCAGCAGGCCGGCCCCUCCAUGCAGCAGCAGCAGCAACAGCAGCAGCAGCAGCUGGACCCUCAGCUCCUGCAGAUGCUGGCCGCGGAGCCGCUGCCCGUGGCCAGCCCCGUGGCCAGCUCCGGCGGCAAUGCCGGCGCCGGGAGCAUGGGCGCGGCCGCGCCCGCGGCGGGGCCCGACCACGCGCUGCCGCCGAUGAUGUCGGCGGCGGACCUGCCGCUCAUGUCGCCCGCCGACGUGGCGGCGGCGCUGGCGCCACCUCAGCAGCCCCGUGGCGGCGGCCCUGCCUCCGCCAGCACCAGGGCCCGCGGGGCGGCAUCAGACGAGGAUGUGACCGAGGCGUCGGCCAUGAGCGGCGGCGGCGCCAGCGCGGGCGAGAAGGCCCCCGCGGGGCCCGCGCAGCCCAGCAACAAGCGCUUCUCGGACAGACAGAAGGCCAAGAUCUCCAACCUGGAGGCGGAGCUGAACAAGCUGCAGGAAAGCAUGGCGCAGGUCAAGCUGGAGAAUGACCGGCUGAAGAGCAAGAACCUGGAGGUGGAGCAGCAGCUGCGCACCCAGGAGCAGCUGCAGCAGCUGGCGGCGGUGGCGGUGACGGCGACGGCGUCGCAGCAGCAGCAGCAGGAGCCGGGCGAGGGGGGCGGCGGGGGCGCCCAGGCGGCCGGCGCCUCGCCCACCAAGCAGGGCACGCGCGCGCCGCCCCUGGGCGUGGCCGUGGGCUUGUCGCCGCCCAACAGCCAGCGCAAGCUGCUGGCGCACUUGUCAGUCAGCAUGAGGCCAGCGGACAGAGAGAUGCGGGCGGUGGCGGCGCUGACCUGGCCCAAGCUGCAGGAGUGGUACUGCCAGCUGCUCGUGCGCCUCGGGGAGGCGGUGGUGCAGGCGGCGGCGUUGGGGCCUGCCGAGGCCGACGCGAAUGCCAAGGAGGCGCUGAAGUGCGGGCGCUACUGGGACCUGCUGGUGCUCAUCUCCCGCCCAGACCUCUCCAGCAAGCUGCUCCACGACGACCUGUCGGCAGGCCUGCCCGCCGCCUCGCUGUCUGCCGCGGCGGCCGCCGCCGCGAGCGUGCCCGUGCAGCCCGGCGCGCCCGGCGGCUGGCCCGCGGCCGCGGUGGCGGCCAUGCAGCUGUCGCCACCGCAGCGGCAGGCGCUGGCGGCGGCCUGGCAGCGGCACCAGGAGGCGGCGGGGCAGCGGGCGCAGCGCAAGAACGAGCUCCUCAACGCCAUCCGCAGCGGCUUCCUGCAGGCAGGCUAG